AGCAAUCGAAAAAAUAUAUAUCCAAGCGACAGUCGUCAAAAAGUUUAGGAAAACUUGUAAAACAGUGAUAAUUAUUUGCUACUGAUAGCUGCCAGUGAAAUGGAGGGGAAUUUUGCAUCUUAUAGUUUUUCUCUGAGCGAGGAUACAUACAUAACAUGUCAAGAUAUUAUACAUUUUCCAUUCCCCUAUAAAUUGUGGCUUUUGGUAAAUUUAGAGACGUACGAAUUAUUGCGUUGGAACCUAGAUGGAACAGUUAUACUUCUAGAUUUGGUGUCUUUGGAUGAUUACCUUGCCUCUAAUAAAUCAAUUUUCAAAAUAAAAAAUCGGUCGGUGUUUCUGCAACACCUGAAAGAUUUCAAGUUUGAGCGCUUAAAUGUUGAUUCCGAACCUGAGGAGGAUGUAGUUUUGCAGUACAAACAUGAAUAUUUUCAACGACAUCGCAUGUAUUUAUUAGCCAACAUUCGCCUCCAUGCCUAUCAGCAUAUGGAUGGCAGUCUUGGCCAAAAGGAUAACCAAAUAUGCCGUAACACAUCUGCUGCUGCAGUAGGUGACGCAAGGCAUAACAAAGCUGUGUGGAAACGAAUGACGGGUGAUUUAUGUGGAAUGAUUCAUGGUGGUUUAUCAAGAAUUCAAAAAAGCCGUUUAUGUUUUAAUACCACAGUUAGAUUUAAAACCGAAAAACGCCAUUGGAGCGAUAUAUUAAAGGUUUUGGAAGAAAAUACAAACCUAAAUCAAAGCUUCUUGGCUGAGAAUGCCUUACGGGAACGAGAAUUUGAAUAUCCGCAAGACUCAAACAUAUACAUAGCCAAUUUCAUACGCCCAGAAUAUGCUGGAUAUUAUGGAAACUCUGAAAUUUCCAUUCUUAACGAUUUUUUUAAGGAUCUCUUGCCAAAGUAUGCAGACGAUGGCAGCCUGGAAAGCAAGCAACUGAUUGAAAACAUUAGUAAAUGGAGAAAUGGAGUCAGCCAAACGAACAUCAAUUUUAUUCAUUCAUCUUUUGAUAUAUCAUCCAUCAACGGUCAUUUUGAGAUACAGGUAGAACUUGGUCCCGGACAAGCUGGAGAAUUUCAAACUACAUUACAAAAUGAGGCGUACUCAUCUAUGCUUGAACCAAUUUAUAAAACUGAUGAGGAACUGGAAAACGAUUUUAUGGAAAAAACUUAUAAUAUGGAGACUACAUCUGAAAACCCCCAUGACAAAGAAAACGACGAAGUUAUAAUGCAAGAAUUUAUCGAAUUCCAAGAGCCAUUGUUAACAGAUGAUAGUCUAAAUAGCAAUAACAUAAAUGAGAUCCAAGAUCCAACUUCCAAAAAUCAUGUAAUCGAGCAAAUAGGCGAUACAUAUAUGAGUAUGUGCGAAAAUGUUCAAUUAAACAAUAAAUCACAUGCAAAUUCAAUGGAAGAAUUUGUAAAAAUCCAAGAGCCUAUGGUAACUGAUGAUUGUCAAAAUAAUAUAAACGAGGUAUUCCAACAAAUCGAAAGUGAAGCUUCUUUGGAAAAUUUCUUGUAUGCAAAUAACGUAAUACACAAUGGCUUUGAAGAAAGCCAAGACAACUCUGAAGGCCAAGCUAGUUUUUCGGCAGAGGAGACCUAUGCCAAUAUGCCAGCAAAUGUAAAAUUGGAAAUUGAAUCGGAAUCAAAUAUCAAUGAUAGCAACUUUCGAAGUUUCUUUGGUCAAUAUAGGGCAUCUUUCAAUGUGUUACAUCGCGAACAUUUUUAGUAAUAGUAUUUUUAAAUUUGAUCAUAACGUCAUUGAGUGGCAUGGCAAAAUUUUUUGAUUAGAUUGCAUGAUGUUGUCAACUUGUUUGUAAUUUUGCAAAAUAAUUGCUUUAUGUGUAUUGUGAUUUUCAUUUAAUUGUCUUUACUUUGAAUUUAGUAUUUGUCAUAAUUUAUAUUCCUUUGCUGGAUUGUCUUAAUUUUAAUUCUUUUAAUUAUUUAUUUCGGUUGUUAAUAAUAAUUUUCUCCACUUUUGGUGGUAAGCCCUUUACAUUUUAUUUGAACACCAUUUUAUCUUUAAACGUGAACACAACUAUUUUUAUAAAAAAACAGCAUUUACCUUUGCCUCAUACAAAACGAUGUCCAUAAUUAGAAAUCGUUGUUCAACUCUUUUCGGUAUAAGUUGUCUUUAUGUUAUAUGUCCUUUAUUUAUGCCGUAAUAUUAUUAUCUGUUAUAUGUUUGUUAGACUAUUUUUUAAUUAUUCUCUGUUAUGAAAUGCAAUACCCAGAUACUUAUGUACAUGUCAUACACCUUUUUUCAGGUACCUAAGAUCUCUGUGCAAAUGCUGAAAAGCAAAGACAUUAUGUAUUAUUUAUUACUUAUUCAUAUACCUUGUACACUAUUUAUUCAUUGUGAAAUAAACCAAAUUUGUCCUAAUCAAUAUUUCAUUAA